CUCCUCCUAGACCGUUAUAGCUACAGGCUUGAAAUUGUACGUAGGCUUGUAUAUACUGCACAGUUUGUAUACUGAUCAUUAAUUAGAUGUUGUUGAAUCAUGGCGAACAUUAAUAUUUCUAAAUCGACCUUCCAUUUCAAUUGCUAUUUUGGGCCGGAGAGACAACCGGAGAGACCAACAACCACAAAACCGAAGAAAAGGAAAAACCGCAAGAAGCCCUCAAUCAGGCGCAAAUUGCGCGCAGCUGGGGCUGCAAAAAGGGAAGAGGAGAAGCGAGCUGCUGACAAAAAAAAAAAGGAGAAGCGAGCUGUUGAGGCACCGGCAAAAUGUGUGAAGCCACAAGGCACAAGCGCGGCUGAAGAAGCUCCGUCAGGAAGUCGCCAGCCACCAGCCACCAAUGUUAACCUCUAAUGUUUACUUAUAUAAAUAAAUAAA